AUGGACGAUACGACCGACCCUGACCCGUGUCCUAGAGAGCACCUGAAUGGCAAGAACGGUCCAACAUCUGAGGGCUUGGUGAGGGACUCGGGCUCCUCCAGGAACAGUAUUCCUAAAGUUUCUCUCAAACUCCCCUUCAAGUCGGAGGCCUUCCGUGCCCAGUCUCUCCUGGCGAGGUUCCACAGCUCGAGGAAGUCGGAGAGCGGGCUCAAGCAUGAGGUGAGGAGCGCCGCCCCCUGGAGGAGCGGGGGGCGCCACAGGAGCAGCGAGCCCCCGGCGGGCGACUCCCCGAGCGCCGCGGACAACGGCGCCUCCGCCCCCAGCAGCACCUCGGCCAGCCUCCCGGAGGACCUGAACCAGAACCUGGGCGAGGGCGAGGGCGAGGUUCCUUUCGUGGGCGUCGGCGAGGGCGGCCAGAAGGGCGUCGAGAGCUGGUUCAGGACGUGGCCGGGCCGCCCGAGGAAGCUGAAGGGGCUCCGCAAGAAGCUCCUGACGGCGGGGGCCAGCGGGAAGGCGGCGGGGGACCUGGCCAAUGGGCCCAGGGAGGAGCAGGGGAGCGGCCGAAGGGAAGAAGGAGAGGGCUUGCUGGUGCAGGGCGAGGGCGAGGGGCAUGGGGAAGGGCUGUCUGAGAGUACCUGUGUGUCUGUGCCCGAAGACGAGGGGGAGAUGACUUCCAGGGUCGUGAAAGGCAGUCCGCAUGUGUCACUGGACGCACUGCUGGAGUCCCUCCCACUGGUGUACGACCCAGCAACCAAACAGUUAUGCCUGGGCACGCCUCGCAAGGGCCAGAAUAAUUACAUAAACAAGAGAAUGUCCAAUAUAGCUGCGACUGAGGGGAGUGAGUGCGAUGGAAUUCCUGACAAGUUGAAGUUGGACUAUGAGAGUGAUUGCUCGACCCUGGAGGAGAGGGAGGAGGAAUCUCUGAAGGAAUCUCUGCUCAAGACCUCUGACAUCUGUGACACAGCAUCCCCCCCAAAGCCCCUGGAGAUCAUCCAGGAGGUGGAUGAGAGUGGGGAAAACAUCCGGUUGAUUGACAAAAACCCCUCCCCACAGUCGGGCAAUGUCAGUGGCAGUUCCUCGCUGGAGAGGGGCUACUAUGAGAGCCCUCGCAACAGCCUCCAGCGCGUCAGCACAAACAACUCCCUCUCCAUCACCGACGCCAGUUCCUUCUCCAGCCUGUCGAGCUCCAACACUGAGUUGUCAGCGUACUCUGCCACAGACAGCGCUGUGUGUCUCGGCUCGCAGCAGUCCGACACGAGCUCCCUCAGGGACUUCUCCAUCGCAGACUCAGAUGGGAAAACUAAGAAGAGAGGGAUCACCGACUUCCUCACAAGGAACCUAUUCUCGUGGCGGCACAGCAAAGAUGGCGGCAGCGGCGGCGGCGGCGGCGGCGGCAGCGACGGCGGCGGCGGCGGCUCCUCGUCGUCGACGUCGUCCUCGCCCGUGCCUUCGUCGUCCCCCGCGUCGUCGUCGUCGUCUGCGUCCUCUCCCGCGGGCGGCGCCUGGAGGAUCUUCUCGCGCCCGCCCCUCAGGCCGCCACGCUCGCCCGACCUCCAGGCUCGGAAUUGCGAGCUGGAGGCGGGAAGCGCCGGCCUCAUCAUGGAAAACAGGCCCACCAGUCUCCCUGCCAAGACGGCCUACGAGCAACUGAAGCACAGGCAGGAGUACCAGCAGAUGGUAUCGGCCGCUAAGAAGAAAGAGUUAAAAGAAGCUAAGGAACGGAAGAAGGCUCAAGCCAGCCAGCAGAGGUUAGAAGAGCAGAUGGCGGCAGCCGUCACAACCUGGAAUGUUGAAAUAUUGCCAAAAUGGGACACAAUGCACACACACAAGAAGUGCCGAGAGCUGUGGUGGCAGGGCCUUCCGUCGUGUGUGAGGGGGAAGGUAUGGAAGCUGGCGAUCGGAAAUGACCUCAAUAUAACGCCACAGCUGUACACCAUCAUGGUCCAGAGGUCGGUAGAGAAGCUGCUCAGCCUAAGUGAGUGUGGAAGCAUGGCCAGUCAAGAGGACGUGACGAGUGACUGUGGGGACCAGGAAGCCACAAUCGACCUCAUACGGCUAGAUGUGUCAAGAACCUUUCCCAACCUGUGUAUCUUCCAGAAGGGAGGACCCUAUCACGAUCCCCUUCACAACAUCCUUGGGGCCUAUGCCUGCUACCGUCCCGAUGUCGGCUAUGUACAGGGCAUGUCCUUUCUAGCAGCCACUCUGCUGCUCAACAUGGACGAGACCGAUGCAUUUAUCGCGUUCUCUAAUCUCCUCAAUCGGCCGGCACACAUGGCAUUCUUCAGAGUAGAUCAGCCUGUGAUGUGUGCAUACUACAACGCCUUCGAGGAGCUCCUAGCCAUGAAUCUCCCUCACCUUGCGGAGCACUUGCGGAACAUUGAGGUCACACCAGACCUCUACAUCCUGGACUGGCUGUUGACGGUGUUCUCACGGCCAUUACCUAUUGAUGCUGCUGUUAGAAUAUGGGACGUUUAUCUCAGAGACGGAGAAGAGUUUCUGCUUAGAGCUGCCAUUGGCAUUCUAAAACUUUACGAAACGGUCCUGACCAACCAGGAGUGCACUGCCACUGCGGCUCAGUUCCUCACCCGCUUGCCAGAGGACCUCGGCGCAGACGCUCUCUUCCGAGCCAUUGCAUCCGUCCGAACCUCCGCCCACAAACGCACAUUCACACAGAUCCUGCAAGCGCACAUGGACGCCGCGGCCAGUCACUCAGUAUGAUUUCCGGCCGAUGUUUAUUGCAGUUUAUUGUUAUUAUUUUUGUAUUUAUUGGUGAAUUUUUUUAUGGUGUAUAUGCGUGUUUUGGCCGUGACUGAGAAAGCUUGGAAAGGGAAGUUAAGGAGAGAAAAGGAUUAUGAAUUGUCUGAUGGAUUCUCUUGUGUUAAGAAAUAUUUUUCUAUGAUCUGAUUUAGGUUCACAGUUUGUAUCGAUUUGCUACGGUAUUUGAGUAUUCAUAGAAACUUGAAAAGUGAAUAGAAACUACAUUUUUGUAUUUUUAUCAUCUUACUGUGGUCAGAAUAUGAUUUGUAGUUGAAAGUUUUCCUUAUUUUGUAAUGUAAUUGAUUUUCUUUUCACCAUUAUUAUUAUGAUUGUUCUUAUUACGUAUAUCUUUAAAAGACCAAGCAGUUAUAUAAAUGAAUACUGUAAAAUAUGAAACCUAUGCCAAAAUCAUUACACUCCAUUUCAUUCAUACAUCAAAGCAUUAUUCAUAGCUCGAUGCUUUAACCCACCUUUGCGCUGUUUCGUUCAGAAGCUGAUGACGAUGACUGGGUACCUGCGAAAAAGUGAGAUUUUUACUUCAUCUUCCCAUGUCCCAUUAACGUAAUUAGGGGGCUCUUUUCUGCUUUUGAUAUAAUAUCUCCUUUUUUUAUAUAUAUAUAUAAUAUAAUAUAUAGUAUAAACAAUCUUUUUAUUUUUUCAUAUUUAAAAAUUGCUGCAGAUCUUCCUAUUUGAUAAGCUUAAGGGGGGCAUACCUGCAGGACCAAACGCUUGUACAGGUUAGUGAUAGUUAGGUAGCGUAAGUUUGUCACACUGAGAGUGUCUGGCGAUGAAACUGUAUUGUCAGGUAUGGAUUGAUUGGCCAGGAAAAGGAUUCAUUUGAUUAUUGUUGAUAUUAUUAUCAUUACUGAUAUUAUCAUCAUUAUUAUUGUUAUUAUCAGGAUUGUUAUUUUUUUAUUGUUAUUAUUAUUG